GUCAGAUUAAGGAAAUCACUAUUUGCUCUGAAGGAGAAGGAAUUUAGGCAGAGGGCAAACUGUUCACAGUGAAGUCUCUCCCGGCAGUACUGAAGAUGUUCCUGCUACUUUCAUUCCUCGCAUUUAUCUCAGGCAUUUGCCCCAUGACAACCAAUAAGAUUUAUGUCAGAGCUGGCGACCUGGUGAUGCUGCAAUGUGGAGAGUGUAAAUAUGACGGUACUGUAGUGCUUUGGAAACUGGAGACUGGCCAGAAAACACAACUCUACAGCAACAUGUCAGCGUCUGAGCAGCAGCGGCUCGGUUUGGUUCUGUAUCAGAACAGACUUGUGAUUCUCAGUGCAUCUUUAAACCAUCAGGGGAAUUACUCGUGUGGUCCUCUCAGUAUCAGUAUCACCAGGUGCCAGAUGGAGUUCAGGCUUACAGUAUACUCAGAGUCGUCCAGAGAGGCUGAGUUUGGAAACAGGUACAGUCAAACAUGUUACAAAAACCAAACCUGCGAACUGAACUGCCCUGAAGAAAACCUCCCCUGCAGCACUGCUUGGAAGCUGCUGGGAAUCACAUGGCACAAGGAGAAUGGUGAGAUCUCAGAAGAUUACUUCCCAAAUAUUGAUGUAGAGAAAAGUGGAGUCUACUUCUGCACCAGGUCUUUCUUGUAUUCUGGUCAAACAUACAACGCUUCCUUCACAGUGGUACUUGAUGUCCAAACAGGAAAGCCGCCGACAAACAUAGGAAUCUAUUCACCAAAGAAUGGUAAAGUUUUUGAAGUAGAGCUUGGCAAAACAGCUGCGAUUACUUGUACGGCACUCAUAGAUUCUAGCGACGGUUCGCUGUUCUGGUUGAGAAAUGAUGAAUUUGUGGACAAUAACGACACCCUUCGCUAUUUCUACAACAGUACAUCCUCAAAAAACGCAUCACUGGAUGACGCCAUUUAUCUGAGCGCAACUUUAGUCUUCAGAGAAGUGUUGGCAGAGGAUCUGUCCACAAAUUUCAGCUGUAAACUUGAAAGUGCUGAACUCACACGUUUUGUCUCAGUCACCCUGGAUAAAAUAGCUGGCCCUUCAUAUGUUAUUCUGACCGCGUGCGUCGCCUGCAUCCUGGUGGUGAUGGUUGUGAUUGUUGCUACAUAUGUGAAGUUUAAAAUUGACGUCACCCUUUUCCUAAGAGACAAACUUGGUUCUAGCGGUUGCCAGAGCAACAAGUCAGAUGAAAACAGCUACGAUGCAUUUUUGAUGUGUUAUAAAAGCAUCACUGAUGGAGGACUGAGUGAGGAAGACAGAAAGUGCCUGGCGAGCACUUUGGAAGAUGAGUUUGGCUACAGCAUCUGUCUUUAUGAUCGAGAUGUCUUACCUGGUCAAGCUGUAGCCGAUGCUGUGUUGGACUGCAUAGAGAAGAGCCGGGCUGUGGUUUUGGUUCCCAGCUUUCCUGAUCCUGAACCAGGAAGUGCAGUGCUGAGCGCCAUCCACUCUUCUCUAGUGGAGCGGAAGACGCGCUUGAUUUUUAUAAACACAGAGCAGACGGAGGCGUCGACGUCGGGUUCGUUUCCAGAGGCUUUGCAGCUCCUGAGUAAAGCCGGGAAUAGCGUCACCUGGAAGGGACGGCCGCCCUCCACCUCCUUCUGGAAGCAGCUGCGUUAUCACUUACCGGCCCCACAGCAAACACCAAAAAUGCAACUUUUAUCACAAGAAUGCUAGGAUCAUGUGUGUCGUGGUGGCGCCGGGGAAAGUGCGGCCCAUGUACGGAGGCCUUAGUCCUCGACUACUGACACAAUUUUUAACAGAGCAAAGGGGCAAAACAGACAAUCUGAAAAAGACUACAAUGAGCUCCAAGAACAACUAGAAGCUUGGUGAGAAAGUAACAGCUGUUGGAGCAAUUACUGAAAACUGGUAAAAAUACUAAAUUCACCCUCUGUUUGGAGCUCCAUUUAUGGUCUAGACUUAAGAUCAUAAAUGGUGAAACCCCGAAUUAGAAAUCUAUCGAUGAGUCCUGGAUGAGUCUUCCAGCAGGACAAUGUAUGUAGAUACAAUGCUAAAACAAACAUGAAGCAGCCAAGCCAGAGGUGCAUUAUGGUUAUGAAUUAAUAAGUUUUGAGAUCUUUAAUCCUGCAGAAAAUCUGCAAAUUCAAAUUAGGCUUUGCUGAGGGAUAAAAACUGUAUUCUAUUCAAUAGUCAAACAUUUCUUAUUGUUUAUGUAAUUCAUGUUUUCUCAGAUUUAAUUAGUUGUGUUCUGUUUCCCUUUGUUGAAAUAAAACUGCCGUAUAUGAGACAUUAGAGGGUUAUUGUGUUUAAAAGUAAGCAACAGAAAAACAGCAGGGAUCAAUGGGUCACUUUGAGUCAUCCAAGUAAUGGGAUUUCAUUACAAUACUACUGAGUAGCAAACUGUGAAUUUAUCUGUCAUGCGUUUUGUUGUUGCUGCGUACACCAACACCUCAGCUUUUGCUCGUCGUCUAUUUUAAAUUCUUUUGCUAAGAUUUCUUCGACAUGUUCUCACUGGAUCUUGAACAACUACUCAAAAUAACUUUAUUUCCACAAAAGAAGUCCCAGAAGUGUAAAAUAUGAAGUAUGUGUGCCUUUGCUCAUUGUAACCUCUGUUUGUACGAAAGCUGCCAAAAGACAUGAAAAGUCUAAGACGAAUGAAAGGUUUUUGUUAGAAUACAUACAUAAUCUAAUUUUUUUUUAUGAUGUUAAUUUACAAUUAGUAAUUUUGAAUAUUGAUUAGUAAAAACUUUCUGGAAUAAAGUACAUACAAUU